UGCUAAAACCCAAAGACUUUCCUUCGGCCGGACUAUGGUCGGUCAGGAGACAGCCAAAUAAAUAAACAUUACGAUAAACGGUACAUCAGGUAAAGAUUUUUUGUGCACGUGUUUCAUGUCGUGUAUUUAUUCCGUAUAAACCAAUGUCUGACCAAUUGAUCGAUGUCAGCCACAUCGUUUGACACGAUAAUACACCAAGUGUGACGUACUCAUUCAGAACAGUCGAUCAACUACGUAGGUGUGUCAAACAAAGCCGGCUUAUGACUUAUAGGUCUUCAAUUAGCAACUGUGCUUAUUGUGUCCACAUACUCGCGAGCCGCUUACUUGUCUCCAAUAGUUAAUGCUCAUAAGCCAUAAUAAGAUUAGGCCAUAUUACACGAAAUCAUACCAGUGUCUUCCAAGUGAGUGCUAAAAGUGGUAAAGCAAGGGCAGGAAUACCGUCAACAUUAUAGUCAGGAUGUUCAACCUGUACCAACAUAUGAAGGCUAACAAUGAAGGGAAGGAGCAGAGAGAGCCAGAGACGACUGGUCAUGAUCGAUUCUACCAGGAGCGGCACAAGUCCAGUUAUAAGAAGAAAAAACGCCGAUGUAGAAGAGCACAGUCGGCUGCGGAGUUGAACCCUGAGUUUAUUGAUGCUGCUAAUGCGAAGGCUAAACGGAAUGCAUUCAAGACUCGUUCAGUGUCCACUGAUAAAGAAGAGAGUGAAGAAGAGAACUCUGACCGCGCCCCGUUGGUCGUGCAGAAGAUAGACUCGCUAGCCAAGCUGUUUAAUAAAUCAAUUAUGGGCUCCGGUUCUGGAAAGAAUUCGCCUACUGAGGCAAAAUAUCCAGACAGCCCCAUAGAAAGUGGCAUCGCAAUGGUCAUAUGCUCGGAAUAUCUAUCCAGAACACCCAGAUAUACGCUGUUGAAAUCAUUAAAUCAAAUAGGAUACCGCACGAAUAAGCAUUGGUUUAAAAUACAAGAUAACACUAUUAAAACGGAGAGACUCUUAACUGUGAUGCCGCUAACCAGCAAAUGUCCUAUAGAACCCUCUGAACGAACUCAGGGUCUGAUAAUGGAACUCUUUCGAGCUCUUCACCAUCCGUACAUAUAUCCUGUCUUGGAUCUCGAGUUGUGUAACGGCCACGCCCUUGUGGUCACGCCCUUCAAUUCAACUGGGAGUUUAAAGGAUUUAAUUUAUAAGAGUACAUGGAGCGACGAAUACGCAAAGAAAUACACGUCAGCUGGAACAGGUCUUCCGGCGUCACAGGUCGCUCGUUUCGGAAGGCAAAUAUUGGAGGCGCUACUAUUCCUUAAAGACAAGGGAUUUCCACCAUUUAAACAUUUGCAUUCCGGAAAUGUUAUUGUUCAAAAUGGUGUAGCAAGAAUCUGUGGUCUAGAAAAUAAGAUGAUAGGGGCAACGGGGCAUUGCACUACAUCAGUACCAUUCCCUGAAACAUUAGCCCUCGGUCACGUGAUGUUUGAGAUGUGUGCUGGGACAGAAACCGAUUUCGCGUUACUGCCAGAUUUGCAAGCUAAUUAUCCACAAGUAGUAGAAAUAAUAGAAAUAAUAUUUGGCCCGCGUACUCCAAACCUGCAUGAAUUGUUAAUCACGGAACUAUUUCGAAAAAUUGACCUCCGAGAAAUGAAGGGAUCCUGUCUACCUAACUUCAAUCAACGUCUCUCAAAUUCGUGUUUAUCGCUUCUUAACGACGUGUCUCGCCAUACUCCAGACUAUGGGUAUAGUCCAAGCGACCCUUACCCACAAACACAAGAAGACUACACACCACCGCGACUAGUAUCACCCAGCUCCCCACCACGCAGACGUCACUACUUCCAUCAUGAAGAUUCUACUGACUCCUGGCCGUGGUGAUACAUUAUUCUAUAAUUAUG